AUGGACAACCUAGACGAAGUUCUGCUGACAAGUCCUUGCAACACAAAUCGGGUUCCAAACGCUAUCAAGAUGUGUAAAGAAGUUCUGUUUCUUCUCCAGCGUAAGACACUGGGAAAUAUGGACGAAAAGAGUGUCAAGAGUUUUGAGAAUAUUCACAGACACGCAAUAGGAUGCAGCAUAAAACCGAUCUUAACUUCUCGACAAAUUGUCGAGAGAAAAGUGGAACUAAUCACAACCUGUAUACUUAGAGAAUUAAACAAAAGUGAACGUAAAUACAAUGAAGCAAAAGGGGUUGACUUAAAAGCACUAAAGAUCGCAGAGAAAAUUGGCGACAGGAAAAUAGAAGCCACAUGCUAUGCAAGCCUUGGAAGUAUCUUUGAGUCUCUCGGUGAACAUGUCAAGGCCAAAGAACAUUCCGAAAAAGCACUUGCAAUCGCAGAGAAAAUUGGCGACAUGAAAACAGAAGCCAAAUGCUAUGCAUGCCUAGGAGGUAUCUUUCACGGUCUCGGUGACUAUGACAAGGCUAAAGAACAUUCGGAAAAAGCACUUGCAAUCGCAGAGAAAAUUGGCGACAGGGAAAUAGAAGCCACAUGCUAUGCAAGCCUAGGAAGUAUCUUUGAGUCUCUCGGUGAAUAUGUCAAGGCUAAAGAACAUUCCGAAAAAGCACUUGCAAUCGCAGAGAAAAUUGGCGACAGGAAAAUAGAAGCCACAUGCUAUGCAAGCCUAGGAAGUAUCUUUGAGUCUGUCGGUGAAUAUGUCAAGGCUAAAGAACAUUCCGAAAAAGCACUUGCAAUCGCAGAGAAAAUUGGCGACAGGAAAAUAGAAGCCACAUGCUAUGCCAGCCUAGGAAGUAUCUUUGAGUCUCUCGGUGAAUAUGUCAAGGCUAAAGAACAUUCCGAAAAAGCACUUGCAAUCGCAGAGAAAAUUGGCGACAGGAAAAUAGAAGCCACAUGCUAUGCAAGCCUAGGAAGUAUCUUUGAGUCUCUCGGUGAAUAUGUCAAGGCUAAAGAACAUUUCGAAAAAGCACUUGCAAUCGCAGAGAAAAUUGGCGACAGGAAAAUAGAAGCCACAUGCUAUGCCAGCCUAGGAAGUAUCUUUGAGUCUCUCGGUGAAUAUGUCAAGGCUAAAGAACAUUCCGAAAAAGCACUUGCAAUCGCAGAGAAAAUUGGCGACAGGAAAAUAGAAGCCACAUGCUAUGCAAGCCUAGGAAGUAUCUUUGAGUCCGUCGGUGAAUAUGUCAAGGCUAAAGAACAUUUCGAAAAAGCACUUGCAAUCGCAGAGAAAAUUGGCGACAGGAAAAUAGAAGCCACAUGCUAUGCCAGCCUCGGAAGUAUCUUUGAGUCUCUCGGUGAAUAUGUCAAGGCUAAAGAACAUUCCGAAAAAUCACUUGCAAUCGCAGAGAAAAUUGUCGACAGGAAAAUAGAAGCCACAUGCUAUGCAAGCCUAGGAAGUAUCUUUGAGUCCGUCGGUGAAUAUGUCAAGGCUAAAGAACAUUCCGAAAGAGCACUUGCAAUCGCAGAGAAAAUUGGCGACAGGAAAAUAGAAGCCACAUGCUAUGCAAGCCUAGGAAGUAUCUUUGAGUCUUUCGAUGAAUAUGUCAAGGCCAAAGAACAUUCCGAAAAAGCACUUGCAAUCGCAAAGAAAAUUGGCGACAGGAAAAUAGAAGCCACAUGCUUUGCAAGCCUAGGACUUAUCUUUGAGUCUCUCGGUGAAUAUGUCAAGGCUAAAGAACAUUUCGAAAAAUCAUUUGCAAUCGCAGAGAAAAUUGGCGACAGGAAAAUAGAAGCCACAUGCUAUGCAAGCCUUGGAAGUAUCUUUGAGUCCGUCGGUGAAUAUGUCAAGGCUAAAGAACAUUCCGAAAAAGCACUUGCAAUCGCAGAGAAGAUUGGCGACAGGAAAAUGGAAGCCACAUGCUAUGCAAGCCUAGGAAGUAUCUUUGAGUCUGUCGGUGAAUACGUCAAGGCUAAAGAACAUUCCGAAAAAGCACUUGCAAUCGCAGAGAAAAUUGGCGACAGGAGAGAGGAAGCCAGAUGCCAUGGAUACCUAGGACACAUCUUUGAGUCUUUCGAUCAAUAUUUCAAGGCCAAAGAACAUUCCGAAAAAGCACUUGCAAUCGCAGAGAAAAUUGGCGACAGGAAAAUAGAAGCCACAUGCUAUGCAAGCCUUGGAAGUAUCUUUGAGUCUCUCGGUGAAUAUGUCAAGGCUAAAGAACAUUUCGAAAAAUCACUUGUAAUCGCAGAGAAAAUUGGCGACAGGAAAAUAGAAGCCACGUGCUAUGCAAGCCUAGGAAGUAUCUUUGAGUCUCUCGGUGAAUAUUUCAAGGCUAAAGAACAUUCCGAGAAAGCACUUGCAAUCGCAGAGAAAAUUGGCGACAGGAAAAGAGAAGCCACAAGCUAUGUAAGGCUAGGAAGAACCUUCCGGUCUCUCGGUGAAGAUGUCAAGGCUAAAGAACAUUUCGAAAAAGCACUUGCAAUCGCAGAGAAAAUUGGCGACACGAAAAGAAAAGCCAACGUUUAUUUAUGCCAAGGAGAUUUCUUUAGUAGUCUCGGUGAAGAUGUCAAGGCUAAAGAACAUUUCGAAAAAGCACUUGCAAUCGCAGAGAAAAUUGGCGAUAGGAAAACAGAAGCCAACUGCUAUGAAGGCAUAGCACAAGCCUUUUGGUCUCUCGAUGAAUAUGUCAAGGCUAAAGAACAUUUCGAAAAAGCACUUACAAUCGCAGAGAAAAUUGGCGACAGGGAAACAGAAGCCAAAUGCUCUAUGUGGGUAGGAAUGAUGUUCGAGUUUCUCGGUGAAUAUGUCAAGUCUAAGGAAUGGCUCGAAAAAGCCUGUGUAUUGCACAGAAAGUAUGGGGCCAUCGAACGCGAGUCACUUCUUCACUUGCUUGUUUCAGCUUUUAUGUUUUCUCAAGGUAACAUAUCUGAAGCUAAAUCAAACGCCGUUGAUAGUUUUAAUAACGUAGAAGUUAUGCGACGCCUCCAAGUUCAUGAUAAAUUCAAGAUAUCGUAUUUUGAGGGAAUUGUUAGUGCCUACCGAAUGUUCAGUCGAUUUCUUUGUGAUGCUGACUUUCCUUAUGAAGCUUUUUACACAGAAGAGUUUGUGCGAGCCAGGGCCCUUACAGACUUAAUGGCAGCUCUGUACUCCGUAGAAAACGAAAUACCAGUCAGUCCAGAAACAUGGGAUGAUGUUCAAAGUAUUGUCAAGAAAGAAUGCAACUGUUCUUGUCUUUACAUAUCAUACUACGAACAAUUGAUACAUCUGUGGGUUGUUAAAGCAGACAAACCCUUAAUUUUCCGGCAAAUGAAAGUAAACGAUGUUUUUGGAUCAGAAAGCAGAGUGGCUGACUUGCUUUGUCGCGUAAAUUGCGAAGAUCCAUCCUGGCUUACUCCUGCUUAUGUCUACAAAAUGAUCAUUGCUCCUGUAGCCGACUAUCUUGAUGAGCCUGAAAUCAUCAUUCUUCCUGAUCACCUCUUUUACAAAGUUCCAUUUGCAGCAUUAGAAGAUGAAAGUGGAAAGUGUUUAUCAGAGUCUUACAGGAUCCGCAUCGUUCCCUCUUUGACGGCUCUAAAGCUUAUUCAGGACAGUCCGGCAGACUACCACAGUCAGACUGGUGUGCUGAUAGUGGGAGACCCUGAUGUUGGUGACGUGUUGUACAAGGGAAUUCUUCAGCACAGAUCGAGGCUGUCUUUCGCAAACAAAGAAGCAAAGAUGAUUGCAAAACUGUUCGGUACUCAACCUCUUCUAGGAAAACAAGCUACAAAGCAGGCGGUCCUUCAAAACAUUCAUUCUGUGUCUCUGAUACAUUUUGCUUGUCACAGUAACGCUGAAAGAGGUGAAAUUCUUCUUGCUCCGCCACCCCUCACUGAUAGGAAGCCUCUAGAAGAAGACUACUUAUUGACUAUGCAGAACAUUUCAAAAGUUCAGCUGCGAGCCAAACUGGUGGUCCUUAGCUGCAGUCACAGUGCAAAAGGACAGAUCGGUGCCGAGGGAGUUGUUGGAAUUGCUCGCGCGUUUUUAGGAUCCGGUGCUCGCUCAGUGUUGGCGGCACUGUGGGCCAUAGAAGACGAAGCAACAGAGCAGUUCAUGAGUCGUUUCUACGAAAACCUUGUUCGUGGGGAAAGCGCCAGUGAAUCCCUUCAACAGGCCAUGAAGUGGAUGAGAGAAAACGGUUUCUCCAAAGUGUCGCAGUGGGCGCCAUUUAUGCUUAUUGGAGACAACGUGACGUUGGAUAUUCACAAGUUAAGGUCAUCGAAACGACAGUAG